GCCCCUUUAACACAGAUUUAAAAUCACAUACGCUAUUGGCUGUAUUGACAACAGCCUUGAUACGUGAUUUAAACUGAAAUUGACUGACUAAUUGAAGUAUGUUUGUAAUAUCUCAGAGAUUGUCAUCGUCAUCAAGUUCAUUCUAAGUAACACCGUCAUUAUUAUUAUUACCACAUUCAAUUAUUGAUUUCUAAAUGUCUGGAUUUUAUAAAAAAGAGACGAUUACAAAUCCUCAACCUAGCGGACGUAAAACAGUUGAUAUAUGCGAUUUAAUCAUUGACUAUGUGACCCAAUUUCCACUAGCUAAAGAUAUUAAAUCACGAAUUAACUUAGAUGAUAUCCAACUAACUGACAUCGACUUUACACGUUUACAAAUUAUUCAUAAAGAAACGGAAUACUUGACUUCAUCAAAUUUAAUAAAUGGAGAUUUAGAACAGAAUUCGACAGUAGCACUAUCACAACCACCGUCGACCACGACAACAACAGUCUUGGCGCCAACAGUAAAAAAGAAUCUCAAAAGUCAUGUCCUCUUUUCAUCUGUAUUUACAAAUAAUACAAGUGAAACACAAACGAAUCACUUGAGAACAGAACGUCGUACAAGUUCAUCUUGUCGGUUAAGUUUACAAAAAGCUGUUGUCAAAGGUGGUAAUAUAAAUCUACAAAUUGGACCACCAAGUAUGUCUGUACAAGCUAAUGGUGGUUUUCGACGUGAAGUCACUAUGUCCAAGGAUAUUGAACAGGUAUUUGAAGAAGAACUUAUCUGGACGUUGGAUACAGAAAUAGUUGUCCCCCCAGGAUAUCGUACACGUGCUGAAUUAGUCAUCACUGAAGAUGAAUACAAUGGGAAAUUUCAAGUGGAAACAGUCUUUGAAGGUACAAUCUCUGUUAAAUUACGUGAUAAAAAAGACGGUUCAAUUGUAUCUGUUGUGGUGAUAAACGACUUGAGCAAAGUCUUCAUUUCAAAGCAUGGCUUUUAUCAAGUUCCAAAUUCUACCGGUUCUGUCAGUUUCAUUAAUGAAGGUUCAUGUCAUUGUCAUUUUGGUAUUGGACAACGUGUUGAAUUACACGAAGAGAAAAUUUAAUCAUGUCAAAUAUCUCUCUCUCAUUUUUUGUUGCUUCAUUAUAUAUACUACUGUUAUCAGCAAUAUAAGUAACGAAAGUAUUGUUUCGAAAAAAAAUCAACCACUUUCUAAAGAAAAUUGUAUUUUCUUUGUCUACUCUAUUUAUUUCUCAUAUGGCUAUGAUAAUAUAAAAAUCACUUAUUAGAA